CACGAGACUUUAAUUAACUUUGUCAAUGUAUUAAAGUCACCCCGUCAUAAUUAAUCGCCUUCAUCGCAAAGUACGUUGUCAAACAUAAUUUAUUUGAGUUUGUUCAGUUUCACUCAGGCUCCUGACUCGCUACCCCACAUGGGGUCUUUCCCUCCUCACGGCAACAGUUCACUUCUUUAACCUCGACACGACGCAGCAACAGGCGCAACACGACAAGUGACUUUGUGAAACUUCACGUCAUCAUUAUUAUCGUCGCCGUUAUUAUUAUUUGGGUUUUUCCUGCUCAGAGUUCUCGGAACAUGCUUCUCCCUGAUUGGCUGUUUGACACGCGCCUUCAAAAUGAGCUCCGAGGUGUGUCCGUUCUGUGGGAAGACAUACAAAAGGUUGAAGAGUCACCUGCCGCAUUGCAAGGCGGCGCCGACUUCCCAAGCGCCUCCCACCGAAGACGGCAUCAAAACGAAUCAGACGACGUCAUCGUCUUCUCAGCUGCUUGCAGGAAAGGGGGAAACGUCUAAACAGUCAAUUGUGGCAAGUCCAAAGCCAAAGAAAAGCUCAGUCGUGUCUGCGUCUGCAUCGUCCGCACCACCGCAGUCAGCUGAACUUCCACCGUCAACUAAGAAGAAGAAACAGAAGUUGUCCGAACAAAUCAAGGUGGCCGGCACGCAGUCCUCCAUCUCCUCCCUGCCGCCAUCUCCGUCUCCCGCCGUCUCCACUAAGCCAAAAAAGAAGAGCCUCCGCGCUCUGAUAGAGGCCGCAAAGCCCGACCAAGUUGCUCUGGGAUCCCUGGAAGGAACCAGAUCUGCCUCAGAGGAGCCGCCCUCAGGUUCAACUCCUCCGAGGUCCAAGACCACAGCACCGACCAAGGGCAGCAUUAUUCCAGACAGCGCCGGUUUUGCCGCUCUGUCCUCAAACACCAAACCCCUGGAUGCCCCUAAAAAGAAGGCGUCAAAGACGAAGAGGGCUCCGCAAUCUCCCCCCGCAGCCAGAGAUACUGACGCCGACGACUUCUGGGCGGACAUCACGGAGGAAAUUGAGGAGUCAUCCGAGAAUAAGAUGCUCUUAAAAUCCGGAGGGGGUCACCAGGCCGGGUUCACCAUCCGGGAUGCUAGAGCCACGUUGGGCCGAGCCAAAACCACCAGUCAGUCCGGAAGGGCGAGAAUCCUGAGCCAGGCGGAAACUGCAGACGAACUGAGCAGCAAAACCAGCCUCGGUCCUGGUCUCAGUCCAGCAACAGGUCCAGCAGAGAAUCUAACAGAUGUUGUGGGCUGCUCGGUACCGACUGAAGCUGCGUCGGACCAGCCGCUCGUCACCAGCCCGCUGCGUCCUCAGCUACAGUCAGUCACGAAAAAAAGCUCAACGUCUGAACAGGCGUCCUCAAUCCCUCCGCAACGCGACGGUUCCUCUCAGCCCAAACUCUUAGCCGCCGUCGCCCCGCUCCUCUCCGGCAACUCAUCGUCUCAGGGGAGCCCCGCCACGCCUCCUCCUCCUCUUUGUGCGGUCGGCGUGAACGGGGCGCUGAAGGCGGGCCGUCACGCGGCUGAACUCCUCUCGCUGUCGCCGACACCCGUCCACUUUUCCAGACCUCACGUUUUCCCUCUUGCGCCACAAACUCUGCCGCCGAGAGCCGCCGAUGGGUGGAAACUGGAGGACAGGAAACAGAACUCUGCUCACAAUCGCAUGGAAGACGCUGUGACGCGUCGGAGCCUCGCGCAGGUGAGACUGAGGGAGUUGCCCGAGUGGCUGGCCUGCAGAGCCCCCCGUCGUCCCAGAGAUGUGGUGGAAACGGUGCAGAGAGGCUGGCAGUGGUACUACAGGAGAUACAUUGACGUGAAGAAGGGCGGUGUGGGCGGAGUGGGCAUGCUGUUAGCUGGAUACUGUGUGCUCAGCUACGUCUGGAGUUACCCUCAUAUAAAGUGUGAUCGCUGGAGGAAGUACCACUGAGCUGGAGGGAAGAUGUGGAGACAAACAGCUGUGGCGGGAGGAGGGUUCCGUUUUUUUAAAAACUUGAACUAUGAAUUAAACAAACCAAAAAAAAAGGGCACAAUCUCUGAACUCGUCAGAUGUGGAGGUGCUGGUAGGAAGUCGCCAUUUCCCCCACUGUUCCAGUCUUGACAGAGCGCUGGCUGCAGCUUUACAUUUCACUGACGAAUAUGGGAAGUUGUUAAACCUCUUCGUGUAACUUUUUUUUGUGUGACGCAGGAAAUUUCCGAAAAAGACUGGAUGAGUUGUAAUACUGAUACUUGUAGUUUCAUUCUCACUUGACUGGCAACUGAAAAGGGGGGCGUCUGAAACCACUGAAGUUUAUGAAGUUUCAGGCAUGACUGAUUUUCAUUUCAGAUUCAUUUAUUUAUAUUAUUUAGUUUUCAAUAUGUCUUAUUUUAGACUGUUGAGGGAAACAUCCACAGGAAAUAGUUUUAAUUGGAAUAAUUUAUUUAUCUUUGUGAGCAAAACCAAUUUAGAUUUCAGUGUAAGAAUUGAAAAUAGUUUUAUUUCACGUUGAGAAGGGAUCUCGUCAUAUUUUUACAGUCCUGCUGUGUCCCUGCAGCUCCACUAGGGGUCACUGUUGGGUCGCGUUGACCAACCAUAAGCAGUUUGGCCGAUCAAAUGUUUUCUAUGCAGUUUUCUUUGCUCCUUUGUGCAGAGAGGCAUUGGUGCCAGGCUUCACGAGAGGAUUAAAGGUUAACAAACAGUUAUUGUUUUUUUAAACUUGAUCAAAAUCUUUUGUCUAAGAAGCCCAGAUGUGGAGAAACAUGAAACAUGAAAUCUGAAACACCCUCAUAUCAGCAUCUGUGAGAAGAAACCAUCUGUGUAGUGGAGGGUAGCAAAUCAUGGUUUUCUCUGGAAAAGCCCCCCCCCCUGUCACAUGAUGUUAUUUUGCAUGUUAAAUCUGCGUGUGCGUGUGUGUGUGUGAACACUCACAGAAUAGUAAUGGAGGGACACUGAAGGAGGUUCAUCAGCCGGACCAGACCAGUUUUCUUAUUGUAUUCAAAAUGAAUUUAUUGUUGACUCUCCUUGCCGCUGUAGUGAACACACAUUAGCUACAAAUGAAGAAACGACAGUAUUUUUUUUUUAUAUAACAAGUUGGUUUGUUUGUUUUUCUGAAGCUGCUUCUUGGCAAACACAAUAAAAAAUUAUUUCCAUUUU